GCGUAUGGGUUAUUUUGAUUGACAUGUUGAUCUCCCAAUAGCAUUUAAGCAUUUGAUUUCCCUCGCCGGUGUGCGCCAUUAAGUUGCGUUUUCCAGCAGUGUCGGCUCAGUGGUAACGCGGGCUGUCGACGACGAUUGGAAAAAAAGUGACAACCCCCCGGCGCAACAAUGGUGAAGCUAUUCAUCGGAAACCUGACCGAGGAGACUGGGAGGGAUGAAAUCGAAGCUCUCUUCACACCGUACGGCGUGGUUACAGAAUGCGCCAAGUACAAAAAUUACGCCUUUGUCCACAUGGAGGACCGCAAGGCGGCCACCAAAGCAAUCCGAGAGCUCAAUAUGUAUCAGCUUAACGGCAGAGCUAUGAAUGUCGAGCCUAGCCGAGGGAACAACCAAGGUCCAGUCAAGAUCCACAUCGCCAAUGUGGAAAGGGGAUUUGACCAAGAGCUGAGAGAGCUGUUUGAGGAGUACGGUACAGUCAACGAGUGUUCUAUUGUGAAGAAUUUUGCUUUUGUUCACAUGGCCAACUCUGAGGAAGCAAUGGAUGCCAUCAAGGGCCUGGAUAACACAAGGUUUCAAGGGCAAAACAUCCAUGUUCAGCUGUCGAAAAGCAAGCCCGCCUGGGGCGCAGGAGAGGAGGACUUUGGUCCGCCGCCACCACCGCCCGGUCGAGGAGGUUUUUACCCUCCUCAUCCCCCUCGCUUCCAUCCCGAGCCUCCUUACGGGGGUCGCAUGGGCUCUUACCCGCCUCCGCCACCACCCCCGCCCCCUCCUCCGAGACGACCCAUGUAUCCUGACCGCAGCUAUGGCGGCGAGCGCGAAGGAUACGGCGGCGGCGGUGGUGGUGGCGGCGGCGGUGGCGUUGUUGAUUUUUACGAGAAAUACCGCGCCCGUCCUUACGGAGCCCCGGGGUACGACGAUAGGCGUUCCGGGGCCAUCCCGCCCCCUCCGCCGCCACCUCCCUCGGCGAUGGGAAGAGAACGCGUCGCGAUGGGUGCCCACGAAGCGUACGACCGUCGGCCAGGCCCCCAUCCUCCCGCGCCUUACAUGGCCCGAGACCGCAGUCCCAUUAGGCGAGCCCCCCAUCCUCCUCCGCCUCCAGCUCCCGCAUCUGGUAACGGCUACUCCUACGAGCGCACCCGUUUUACCCCGCAGAUGAAACCUCAGCCGUACGCUGCUCCGUACCCCCGGAACAGCUACGCGCAAAGCGGCCCCAUGCCAGCACCGCCGCAGCCCAACUAUGGCGCCUAUCAGGCCCAUGGAGUGUAAAACGGAGGUUGUUAGACUCUGCAGGAGACCUCGAGCUUAUGGCUUGUCACCUGCUCGGAGUCUGGAGUUUGCACUGAUGGAAACCGUGGGACCAGAUGACCUCACAACUGAACCGUUUGAAGACUGAAUUCUUUGGCCACAUGAGACAUUCUGCACUCAGGGACGCGACACUAGACAUUUCAAGUUCAUAGAGUUGAUCAGCUUUUUUUUUUUUUUUUUUUUUUUUUUUUUACUAUCAUAUAUAUAUAUAUUA